GCACAAAUGGAUUCCCAGGAGAUGAAAGAGCUGCAGCAAGAAGUGAUGGAGGAGCUGGGAAUCUCCAUGGAGGAGCUCCAGGAUAUCAUCGACAAAGAGCUGGAGAAGUUUGAGUGCGUGAAGCAGAGGAAGCAGCAGCUGGAGGAGCUGGAGAAGUGCGUGAAGCAGAAGGAGGAAGAGGUGGCUCGUGUCGACCGGCUCUUCGAUGACGCGUCGAGAGCCAUUAAUAAAUGCGAGAUGUUGGUGAAGGAUCUGUACUCCAAGCUGGGCCUCCAGUACCGUGAGAGCAGCUCCGAGGACGAGGACUCGGCCGCCAAGCCCAUGGAAGUGAUUGAGAUCCCAGACGAGGACGACGAUGACGUCAUGAGCAUCGUUUCGAGCUGGAAGCACAGUGAUAGCAGUCCCAGAAGCACAAAGGAUCAGACUUUGCUGCGGGAAGCCAUGGCUGCAAUGAGAAAGUCUGCCCAGGAUGUCCAGAAAUUUAUGGAUGCUGUGAAUAAGAAAACAAAUGCCCAGGACACACAAAAAGAUGCACAAACCCCUCAGGAAACUCCUGACACUGCCCAGCCCACUGGCCCUGCGGCGCCUGGGAGCGAUCUCAGCACUGACGGUGACCUGAACGUCGGCAUGAGGAUCCUGGGCAAGAAGAGAACCAAGACGUGGCACAAGGGAACCCUAAUUGCCAUCCAGACGGUCGGUGCUGGAAAGAAAUACAAAGUGAAGUUUGACAAGCAAGGGAAGAGUUUGCUUUCUGGCCACCACAUCGCUUACGACUGUCACCCCUCUCCUGAGAAGUACUACGUCGGCAGCAGGGUUGUGGCAAAAUACAAAGACGGGGAUCAGGUUUGGCUGUACGCAGGCAUCGUGGCUGAAACCCCGAACGUAAAGAAUAAAGACAGGUUCCUGAUCUUCUUCGAUGAUGGCUACGCUUCCUACGUCAAGGAGUGGGAGCUGUACCCGAUCUGCAGGCCACCGAAAAAGACCUGGGAGGACAUAGAGGAUGUUUCCUGCCGCGAUUUCAUCGAGGAGUACAUCACGGCCUACCCCAACCGCCCCAUGGUGCUGCUGAAGAACGGCCAGCUGAUCAAAACCGAGUGGGAAGGGACCUGGUGGAAGUCCCGGGUGGAAGAAGUGGAUGGCAGCCUGGUCAAAAUCCUUUUCCUGGAUGACAAACGCUGUGAGUGGAUUUACCGGGGUUCCACGCGCCUCGAGCCCAUGUUCAGCAUGAAAACUUCCACAGCCUCCACCCAGGAAAAAAAGCAAAGUGGACAAGCCAGGACUCGUCCCAACGUCGGCGCCGUCAGGAGCAAAGGGCCUGUGGUGCAGUACACGCAGGACCUAACGGGAGCUGGGCCCCAGUACAAGCCUCUGGAGCAGAUGCAGGCGGCCUCGCUGGCCGCACGCUCCGUCUCGCCGCAGCCUGCCGAGAUGGAGCGCUGGCCCCCGGCUGCCUUGUGUCCCUCCGCUCGGACUGACCUGCUCGCAGACCUCGAUGACUUACGAGGCACUGAGAACUCGGGAUCACAGGGGUUGCUCUCGGUGGUCACGGACCAAACCUGGUAGAGCUAAGCCACGGCCCAGUCGCCCACCUGCCUCCUGCUGCCGGCGGCCCGAGCGGGACGUUCGCGGAGGCGCAGGCUAGUGCCGAAGGAGGCCUGGAUGAAGGAGGAGCCCGGCCUUGUGAUGGAGGGAGCGUGUUGGAGAGCACCAGGGUACCUGAGCGAGUGCUCUGGGACUUUUAAGUAGGGGACAGAGAUGCUGUCCCCGUGCAUUUUUUUUUUUUAUUUUUUUUUUGUCACCGCUGUGGAUUUCCCAUCCGAAUUUCUGGACGCCUGGCCCCCUGCCAGCACGUCGUCUGCCGUGACCAUGCCCUGCAGCGCGGGCUGGAGGGAGAAGGGAGAUGGCCCAGCAGUGAGGAACCUGAGCAGCGAGUCAAUCUUUAUUCACCAGAGGCUCUCUAGGUGUAGCAGCACCUAAGGAACCCUGCUGGCCCCCCGCUCCGGCCUGGGGAGGGGUUCCUCUCCGAGCACCCGUGCGCUAUGACCCGUUCUGCUCCUGGACGUGGGGGGGAACUCGGAAAUGCUCCUCCUGGGCCGCUCUGACGAGGCUCGACGCCGCACGAGCCUCGUUCCUCAUCUCUUGCCCACCCAAGAGCAGAGGCCGGGGCUGGGGGCCGUCAGCCCCGCGGCGCUGGCUCCGCCGCCAGCCCAGGGCCCCGCCGGGGUAAGGGAAGGGCCGGGCUCUUCCCCCUCCGUGGGGGCACCCCGACCUCGGGGUGUAGGAAGAACGUGCGGUGGAGGCCGUGAAGUUGGACCGCAGCAGUCAGCCAGCCUGGCUGCCCGAUCUCCCUUUCCCCGUUUCACAGUCCUUGCAGUGGCUACAAGGAAAAACAUUUUUUUUUUCUUUUUUUGACUUUAGGAUCUUGUUUUCAGAUCUAACCCAGGCAGACCCUACAGCCACUUCCCUGCCCUGCCGUUAAAUAGGGAACAAAGACAAAUGGUUUUUAACCCGGACUGAGGGCAGCGUGCUAUAUCUGUGCCCCCGCUGUCCCGAGGGAUCCCGUUGGGUUCGAAACACGUUGGUUUUUAGGUUAUUAAAACUGGGAGAAUGUCUUUUUAACUCUGGUGUUUUGUUUACUCUGAGGAAGGUCUGGUUCUCUUCCCUCUCUAGCCUCACUUUCAAGUUUUUCUACAGUGCCAGGCAGCUGCUGCCAGCCGUUUCUCACCGUUCAAAGCCCUUUGACAAGCCUUUUUCCUCUUGCUUCUGAAUUUUGAAACGUGUGUUAACACCUUGCUUUUAAGGCAGAUGUUUGCAGAAACGGUCGCCGCCUCCUGCUCUCCCCGUCUCCUCCCUUUCUGCCCUCAUAACGCUAACUACGUUCUUCCACCUGUGGGAAAACCAGUGGCUGGUUUGGGGUGUUUUUCUGUUUAAUCGGGAUAAAUGGAUGAAAAACCUCUGCUGUUGUUUUCUCAGGGGGUGAGGGUUAGUGUCUUCCAGGUGCCUCCCACCUUCCCGCUGUUGUUCGUCGGGCUGCAGGGGUGUUUGGGAGCCCCUGGCACCCCGUUCAUCAGGGGCGUUAUCACAUGCCUGUGUACGCCCUUAUCUUGUUGCAGACAAAAAUCCUCUGGAUUUCUUGUUCCUCCCACUGCUCGGUGCUGUUUCGCUGACCGAGCCUCUGCAGACUCUUGUUUCUGCUGCUCCAGGGCUUUCUUCGUGUACUGGUUUGUCCGCCUCCCGAAAUGGAGGCCUCGGACACCCUCGUUACACUCCCUCUCACCCUCGUGCCUCAUUUCCAAAUAAAUAGCAGCGUGUCAGAAGUUACUUUUAAACCUAACCGAGUUCUGGCGUUUGGUCGGGGUCGCUGUAGCACAGGUAGUCAGAAAUGGGCUGAUUUCCACACUCGUUAGGAAAAAGGGUUCGCUCGGA